AUGAUGAUGAUGUCCCUCAACAGCAAGCAGGCGUUCAGCAUGCCGCACGGCGGCAGCCUGCACGUGGAGCCCAAGUACUCCGCACUGCACAGCGCCUCGCCCGGCUCUUCCGGGCCCGCGGCGCCCUCCGCCAGCUCCCCUGGCAGCUCCAGCAAUGCUGGCGGCGGUGGCAGCAGUGGCGGAGGCGGUGGAGGCCGGAGCAGCAGCUCCAGUAGCAGUGGCAGCAGCGGCGGCGGCGGCUCCGAGGCGAUGCGGCGAGCGUGUCUUCCAACCCCACCGAGCAAUAUAUUCGGCGGGCUGGAUGAGAGUCUGCUGGCCCGCGCUGAGGCUCUCGCGGCCGUGGACAUCGUUUCCCAGAGCAAGAGCCACCACCACCACCCGCCCCACCACAGCCCCUUCAAGCCGGACGCCACCUACCACACCAUGAACACCAUCCCGUGCACGUCGGCUGCCUCCUCUUCGUCGGUGCCCAUCUCGCACCCGUCGGCACUGGCGGGCACGCACCACCACCACCACCAUCACCACCACCACCACCACCAGCCUCAUCAGGCGCUUGAGGGCGAGCUGCUGGAGCACCUGAGCCCCGGGCUGGCCCUGGGUGCCAUGGCGGGCCCCGACGGCGCUGUGGUGUCCACGCCAGCUCACGCGCCGCACAUGGCUACGAUGAACCCUAUGCACCAAGCAGCGCUCAGCAUGGCCCACGCGCACGGGCUGCCCUCACACAUGGGCUGCAUGAGCGACGUGGACGCCGACCCCCGGGACCUGGAAGCAUUCGCCGAGCGCUUCAAGCAGCGACGCAUCAAGCUGGGGGUGACCCAGGCCGAUGUGGGCUCCGCGCUGGCCAACCUCAAGAUCCCCGGCGUGGGCUCGCUCAGCCAGAGCACCAUUUGCAGGUUCGAGUCUCUCACGUUGUCGCACAACAAUAUGAUCGCGCUCAAACCCAUCCUGCAAGCGUGGCUGGAGGAGGCCGAGAAGUCCCACCGCGAGAAGCUCACCAAGCCAGAGCUCUUCAACGGCGCGGAGAAGAAGCGCAAGCGCACGUCCAUUGCGGCGCCAGAGAAGCGAUCGCUUGAAGCCUACUUCGCCAUUCAGCCGCGGCCCUCUUCUGAGAAGAUCGCCGCCAUCGCGGAGAAGCUGGACCUUAAGAAAAACGUGGUGCGCGUCUGGUUUUGCAACCAGAGGCAGAAACAGAAAAGAAUGAAAUAUUCUGCAGGCAUUUAG